UUUUUUUUUUCUCACGGUGAUUACUAAUUUUCGUAGUCCGAAUUCUCUAUAUCCGCCAUAUCGUCCUUCUCUGCGGAGUAUGGAACGAGUCUACGUUUCACUAUGCAGCCUUACCAUUGGCUGAUACCAACGACCACACUUCCAGGACUGGAGAGGUAGUCAUCGGCGACAGAUUCACCCACACUGGAUUGUCAGGUUCACAACUAGCUGCUCAGAUGAAGAAAUUUACCAUUCAACCGCUGAUCCUCCCCCCAGCCGCCCCUGGCGAUAUGAUCAUAAGAAGGCAUUCCACAGCAUACCAAUGGUCAAGCCGGACGCUAAAUAACGUCAGCAUAUCUUUCAUAGACGGCGUAAUUAGGCCGCACUAUAGUUCUUUAAGCGGCACUUUAUUCUGCUACGAGUACGGUCCUGACACGAACCGCAUGUUCUCAAUUGCCUUGGUGCGUCUCAGCGAUCUAGACCACGACCACGACGAGCUCAGUGAUGGAAUAAAAUGCGCGCCAUUGAGAUUCUGCCUACACCCGGUCAAAGUCUCGCCACUACAGAAUCCUAAUAACCCGCUCCUUACCAUAGUAGACAAGCAAAACGAUCCCACGGCAGAGGGGACAAGAGAGAAGUUCCGCCCGUUGACGUACAAAACGACUGAGCAAGCAUCGUCCUACUGCUUCGACAGCUGGAGGGACAUGAAAUACUACCACGACAUGGCCGUGCCCCAAGACGAGUGGAAUAUCAGCAUCCUCGGCAUGGCGGACAUAUACAUCAACGUGACGCGCGUCAGUCUCGACGAAUACGACAGCGACGACGAAGACGAGGGGGAUGAGGACAUGAGACAUCGGUUCGUAGAUGUAUUAGACAUCAUCGUGAAGGCCAAUCAAGAAAAUGAGGAAGAGGUCAACGGGACCGCGGCUGAGGACAAGGAAUCGUCAUGAUAGCAAAUCUAGUCAUGUAUAUGAAUAUAUUUAUGAAUAUAUACGAUCACCCCCCCUUUCGCAGCAUGCCAAUAAACAAAGGGCAGGCAGUCUAUCUAUCU